UCAACCAGCUGAUUCGUAUGUUAUUGUUUUUUCCCGACUUGUGCCCAAAGUCAACAUGACCUUUCUUGAGGUUUAGGUCUUUUUGCAUCUAAUAGUGAAAAGGUUUUUUUGUGUUUAACAUUGCAGGGUGGUGGGGUGUUUAAAUAUGUCUAGUAGUUGUGUGCGCUUCAGACAUCUGGAUAUAUUUUAACAUGGUUGUGUUCUGUAGUAAAUGUGGUGUAAUUUUGUAGUGGAUGCUUUAGAAGACAUUGGAGGGUAGCGCACCUUGCUUUUAAUUCCACUUUUUCAACUAUUCAUCAAAAUGCUUUCCAAAAGAUCAAUUCAACAACGCCCCAGCAUUGGUGAGCUGGACAUUGAUUUGAAAUUGAAAAUGUCGAAUUAUGAAGAAACAGUUCGACAAUUGGACAUUUAUUAUGGAAUUGUCAAGAGACAAUUACUUAGGUAUCAAAGCUCUAUCACUGGGCUCUUUCCAGUUGUUUCUACUGAAACUGAAGUAGCUAGUGUUAGAGAAAGCAUAUAUUGUGCUGCUGCAAUUUGGAGUCUCUACCAGGCCUACAGGAGGAUAGAUGAUGACAGGGGCAAAUCAUAUGAGCUGGGUCAGUCCUCUGUCAAGUGUAUGAGGGGCAUUUUGGAAUGCUGGAUAAAGCAAGCUCCAAGAAUAGAGUUGUUCAAAAAGAAUCAGUGCAACAAGCAUGCAUUGCACUGCAAAUUUCAUCUAAUCACAGGAGACAUCAUCCUUUCUGAUGAUGAGUACACUCAUUUACAAAUUGAUGUGGUGUCAUUGUACCUAAUAUUCCUGGUGCAAAUGAUUACAUCUGGACUCCAGAUAAUCUAUACUCAAGAUGAGGUGGCAUUUGUCCAAAACCUGGUUUAUUAUGUAGAGCGUGCCUACCGCACUCCAGAUUAUGGCAUGUGGGAACGUGGUAGUAAAUAUAAUGAUGGUACUCCAGAAAUACAUGCAAGCUCAAUUGGUAUGGCAAAAAGUGCUUUAGAAGCUAUAAAUGGAUGUAAUUUAUUUGGUGAAAAGGGUGCCUCAUGGUCUGUCAUUUAUGUGGACAUCGAUGCUCACAAUAGAAACCGAAGUAUAUUUGAGACAAUGUUACCCAGGGAAUCAAGUUCCAAGGCUGUGGAUGCAUCCUUGAUUCCUACCAUAUCAUUCCCAGCUUUUGCAACUCAUGAAGAAGUACUAAGCACUGAGACAAAGGCUAACGUUGUGCGUAAGCUCAAAGGACAGUAUGGUUUCAAACGUUUUGGAAGGGAUGGUUACAAGUCUGUCCUGGAAGACACCUCCCGCCGAUUUUAUAAAGAAGGAGAGACAAAGGAGUUUGAAAGCAUAGAAAACGAAUGGCCUCUUUUCUAUAUUUUUAUGAUCAUUGAUGGUGUAUUUAAGUCCCAACCAGACCAAGUAGAAGAAUACCAGAAUCUUUUGAAGCCACGCAUAAAGAAGGAUAUGAAUGGAGAUCCUGUUAUUCCCAUGUAUUUUUAUGUUCCUGAGGAAAAUGUUGAUAUUGAAAAACAGGAACCUGGUACUUCUGUAAGGCUGCCCAGUGAAGAGGGAAGGGGAGGAGAUGGUGGCUUAUAUCUUUGGAAUCAAGCUAUGCUUGUAAUUGCCCAACUCUUAACGGGAGGUUUGUUGCACAUAAAUGAGCUGGAUCCUAUUAGAAGAUACUUACCAUCUUUUAAUCGCCCUCGUAAGGGUGGCCGAUAUUCAGCUUUCCAGGCUAAGCCAUCAACUGGGACUGCCACAGAUUUAGUUGUUCAGAUUGUACUCAUAGCUGAGUCUAUGCGCCUGCAAGCAAUGAUGGCCACUUAUGGUAUUCAAACUCAGACACCUCACGAAGUUGAGCCUGUUCAGAUAUGGUCAUCCCGGAAGCUAGAAGAAGUUUAUCAAAACUUGGGUGUAAACCACAAAAUUGGUCUGAAGGGUAGACCUAUGCGUCCUGUUGGAGCCCUUGGCACAAGCAAGAUGUACCGUGUGUGUGGCAUGACGGUUCUCUGCUAUCCACUCAUAUUUGAAGUAUCCGAGUUUUACCUAUACAGUGACAUGGCUUUACUGAUUGAUGACAUCAAAACGGAACUGCAAUUUGUCGGCCGCUAUUGGCGUUUGUCUGGACGCCCCACUGUAUGUUUGCUUAUUAGAGAGGAGCACAUGAGGGAUCCUCAGUUCAAGGAAAUGUUGGACCUUAUGGCUAUGUUAAAGAAGGGAUACUGCGACAGUGUUAAAGUGCGCAUUGGAAGAUUGCAAAAUUUGAUUGCAUCCUCAUGUAUAGAGCACUUGGAUUUCAUGAACACAGUUGACACUUCAGAAAUGGUAUUUGAACAAUUUAAGCAAUUGGAACAUGAAUAUAUAGGCUAUCAGAGCUUAACAGAUGUUCCACGAUCGCUUAAUUAUUCAGAAGACAGUGCAAACUUUCAGCACCUGGAAACUAAACCUAUCUGGGAAGUAGUUGAUGCCAUCAGAGGAUCACCUGGUCUGCAUGGAAAAUGCCAACUGUUUGGCAUCUUACUGAAAAGGGAAGGCCCAAAUUAUGACGUCAACGGCCUUACUGUCGCUGAACACCUAAGAAGUCUUUACCAACAGGCUUGUGGCUUACAUUACUGGAUUGCUGUAAGAUACUGCAGUAGUUUGCUUCACCACACUGUUGAUAGCAUAAGUCCUUUCAUAACAACUGUGCUUGUUAAUGGAAAGCAGCUCACAGUUGGUGCAAUUGGUCACCAGGAAACAGUUUUUGACAAGCCCUUAACCCCUGCAGAAAUUCAGUCCAUUAUGUACCAUCGAAUUCAGCCUUAUGAUGUCAUUCAGGCAGUAUUACAACAAGAAGUUGUCCUUUAUUGUGGGCGUCUUAUUGCAACAAAUCCAGAAAUGUUUAAGGGAAUUCUUAAAAUUAGAGUAGGGUGGGUGCUAGAAGCGAUGAAACUAUACUUGCAAAUGCAAGGGCAAGACGGCAAGUCUUUAGAAAAUCAUAGUCCUUACCAGGUUCGUCAACUGCUUCAUAAAGUUUUGUCUGUGAAGGAUUGGGCAUCAAAUGAAAAUCUGACACCAAUGCAAAGGAGGCAGCUGGAAGGAUGUCUUUGUCGAGUUCCUUCUCAUUUCUACAAUCGCGUCUGGGAUGUCAUGACUCGAACUCCUGGUGGCCUCCAAGUACAAGGUCACAAUUUGCCUGCUCAGCCAACUCUUUCCAGUAUGACCCGCUCAGAGCUUAACUUUGCUCUUCUGGUAGAGGAGAUGCUUAAUCAUAUUCAGGAGCCUGCGUACAGGCAGAUGGUUGUUGAACUGCUCUGUAUAAUAUCUACAAUUUUGCUGCGAAACCCAGAGUUAACUUUCCAGAAUCAUUUGGAUUUAGAUGAGCUAGUCACUGAGGCUUUCCACAUGUAUUGUAAGGAUCAUAAAGUUCCGGUUUCAAAAGAUCAUUCAAAGUUUUUCUCAGCUCCUCAUUCUAUAACAACAGGUUAUCUUGCCCGUGCUGUUGUAAACAAUGUGCUUCAGGGGGGUCAGCUUGCCACUGGCUCUGACAAUGAUAACGACUUACAGUAUGAAGAUAUGUGCAAAGUGUCAUAAUAAAAGUUAAUGUUUAAAACGUCAUCAACUUGUUAAUUGCAAAAGCUUUAAAUGGAAGGAAAGUUUCAUCAUAAAAUAGCGAACUAUUCAUUCAGUGCCAUACUUUGCCAUAUCUAAGGCAGCCAUAUAUAUUUGUUGUGCUUAAGUAGGAUAUUAAUGUAUAAAACUAUGAAUUUGUUGGAUGUUGUUUGAUGUUCUUGUUCAAUUUUAAAUCAAUGCUGUGAUUCUUAUUGUGCCAAAAGAAGUGCCUGUGUUUUUGAAUCUUGUCUCGUUACAACCUGGUAUGGUUGCCUAAUCCUACCACAUAAGUACUUUUUCUUUUUAAUUCUUUUGAAUUAUACCUGUUUUGAUUUGUUCUUUGACUACAGUCAAGUGCCAUUUUACUGAUGUUGCGUAUUAAUCUGUUGAAGUUUGUAUAUCUACCUUAUGAGUCUUUUUUCUCUGGAUAUCAUGACUGCCCGCCUUACAUUUUUCUAUGAAAUGUUAUGAAAUUCUGUUUUUUGAAUUAAAAAAUAUCAAUUAAGCUAAACCUUCAUCUUCUAUUUCUCUUUCCACACAGUUACUUUGUUCAAGAUAAGCAUUGUAUCCGCAAACGAUAAAGAAAUAAAUAUUAAUUAAUUGAA